AUGGGGGAUGUAUGUGGCAGCAGAGGACAGCCUCUUAUUGUAGCCAAUGUCAAAUGUACCGAAAAGAUUAUUUGUUUGGAUAAUUGGAUAAUUUUGUCCGGAGAAACUAUUGAAAGCCUGAGAUGCAAAAAAUGUUCAAUGCAUUUGAGUAAAUUUUUACUUAAAAGUUUGUUUCCUUUCUUCCUAUCUUCAAAAAUGGGUCGUGGAAAAUUAACCAUGAAAUUCAUAACGAAGGAUAAGGUUCGUGUCUCAACCUAUCAAAAGCGAAAAAAUGGUUUGACAAAGAAAGCUCAAGAAUUCUCAAUUCUUUGUGGUGUUGAGACGUGUAUAAUUAUUUACGGGCCCCAAUUGAAAGAUAGUCCUGCUAAACUUGAGAUUUGGCCUUCAGAUCCUAUCAAAGUGUUGAAUGUCAUUAACAAAUAUAAGGCAAAGCCUUUGGAAGUACGUGAAAGGAAAUGCUUUAAUGUAUUUGAUUUUUUUGCACUACGUCAAAAGAAGCUGGAUGAUGAGAUUUUCAAAUUGCGAAAAGCUAAUAUAGAUGCCAAGUUUUCUACAUGGGAUGACCGUAUCAACAAUUUCUCGGUCAAUCAAAUUUGGGCACUUCUUGCUAGAUUCGACUCAAACCUGGAAGCUGCAAAUAAGAAGAUCAAGAUGAUAAAGGGAAAGUAUCAAACUUUGGUUGAAGAUUCAAAAUCAGGUAUGUUGGCUGGUCCUGGUACCGAAGCAAUCCAACCAAGAGUUAAUCUUUUUAGUCAAGCUCGAACCUGCUUGUUUCAAAAGAAUUUGGACCUAGAAGUCACAAGCCGGCAACAACCUAUGUCAGGACUAAAUCCAUUUAACGUGAAUAUGCCUUCUUAUUACCCUUUUGGCUCCAGCGAGGCCCUCCGAAUGCAUCCCUUCAGUCUAAAUCCUACAGAUAAUUCGAUGACAUUGCUGUCCAGAAAUGGUUCGGAUUUCACUCAAAUGGAUGGAGAGUCUAGUAGCAGCAUAACAUAUAGUUCACUUUCACCACAGGCUCGUUAUGAUCCAGGAGCUCCAAUGCUUGACAAUGUAAUGUUCAGUAACCCCUGGGGAGUUUGCUUCUACGAUCCAUUUAUGCAGCCAAUGACACCCUUUGGCCAGUCUGCAAUGCCAAGCUUUCCAUCUCAGACUGACAAGUUUUAUCGUGACAUCGGAGAUCAGUACGGAUCAAAGAGCAAGAAACAAAAGUAG